GCUCAGUCGGGUUGGUCUGACAGGGAUCAGGCAGCAUGUCUGAGACAUCGACCUGAUGCCAAGCUGCGGGUUCAAGCUCUCGAAGCGUGACCUCGGUCACAACGACCUGGGCCUUGCAGGCAACAGGACUUGCCUGCAGACACCGGCCCCUGGGGCCUACGACCCUUACCCGUUCUUGAACCCCACCGUGCACCGCACCACCGCGGGACGAUGCUUUCCGGACCGAGCGCCCGGGUUCCGCAACGUGGUGGACCGGAUGCCGGCGCCAUGGCGGCCUGAGCCGAUGUCCCUGUCGCGGCUUCAAAGUGAGCAGCCUCUGGUGCACUAUGCCUCGGCCACCUUCUGGGCGUGGCCCGAGCAGCGAAGAAGAAGCGCCGCUGCAUUGAGGCAUGAGCGCCAAAUGAGCAACUUCACCAUGAGGAGCCAGAACUUGAAGCAUGAAGCUGGGGCGGAGUGGCACGAGGAGAUCGCGCACAGCACCAUGCCACGUCCUGCUUGGUCAGGACUGGCAAGGUCUCGCAGCGAUUCAGGCUUGAGAGGAGCUCUUUGAUCUCUAGUCGGUUUCACUCAACUUGGCGCGAAUGCGUCGAGAGCUGCAAGUG